AUGACAACCAACUCAUCCUUUCAUGGACCCCGAGUUUCUGACGCGACUCCUCCUUUCGACAAACACAAUGCCGACAUCAUCCUCCGCUCCUCCGACCUCGUCGAUUUCCGUGUAUAUAGCCAAAUCCUGAUCGCCGCGUCGCCGUUCUUCGAGGGCCUAUUCCAGGUGCCCCAGCCCCCGGCCGAAGAACAGCCCCGGAAGUACGGGCUCCCGAUCGUCGAAGUGAGCGAGGACAGCAAGACGCUCGAUUACCUCCUGCGGUUGUGCUAUCCGAUCAAGAAGCCGCAUAUGUUCGGAGUCGGUGGGCUACAGGUACUCGAAUCUGCACUCCGUGCCGCGAUGAAGUACGAGAUGGAGCUGGCCGAUACGCUGCUCACUACCGAUCUCGUUAACCUUGCCGGUUCAUACCCUCUCGAGGUAUGGGCCAUCGGCUGUCGACUUGGGCUGGAAAACAUGGCUUCAAGGGCAGGAAGUGGUGCUUACUGGAGGUACAGGGAAAUCAAACAUCGCUCUGCUCAUCUUCCCGAUCUGGACCUACCGAGCUCCGUCAGCAUCCUGGAGGGAGUUACAGCAGGCCAGCUCUUCCGCCUUUACCGCUAUAUCGGCACAUUUCACUUCGCAGACCGCACACUAGCAAACUACCAGUUCAUCUCUCCUUCUCCUACGAUCUCAGAUGUUGCGCCUUCGGAAAAGGACUCUUCCGAGUCCAGCAACCUCUUGCCUGCCGCGCUCACCGACAUGGCAUCGGCAGACAUCGUCUGUCGCUCUUCGGACGGAACCACGUUCCACGCGCAUCAGGCCGUGCUGGGUGCUGCGUCGGCCGUCCUUCGCGCAAAGAUAGCAAGGGUGACGACAGACGCGGGCGAUGAAUCAAGCCAGUCAGAUCUUCGAGAGCGUUCUGCGCCUCUUGGACGUUCUCUGCCCGUGCUACAGUUCGAAGAGACUAGCACGGUCCUGCCACAUCUUCUUUCCUGCUGCUAUCCGGGCCUAAUUCCCAUCCACCUCGCCAACCUCUCUCAACUCAUCGCCGUCAUUGCUGCCACGGCUCGUCACGACAUCGCGGUCGCGCGCCCAGAUCUCCUUGAUCAAUGGUCGAGGAUGGCUUCGGCUGAUCCCUUGCGCGCGUACGUCCUCUCCACGCAGGUCGGGGACACAGCAUGUGCAAAGGAGGCUGCCAAACACGUCUUGAACGGGCCGCUCGUGGGAGUGUAUGUGCACGAGAUGGAGUCCUCUCCGGCGCUCGCGUAUCAGCGACUUCUGUCAUACUACCGGUCAUGCAAGAACAUAGCGCGGCGGGGUCUCGUGGGCGUGGCUUCUACUCAGCCAGCAGCCGCGCCCCCCCAGUUCACCAGUGGUCAAGAAGAAGAGCCCGUCGGCGCCACGCGCAGCCAGCGCGCCUGUGGGGGAAUCAUGGAUCCAGACCUAUACGAAGAAUGUUUGGAAGACUUUGUACCACCACCCCAAUCCCACUCUCUUUCCUACUUUGGAGCAACUGCUCAUGGCAUCUACGUCCGAGUCCGGCGAUAA